AUAUUCAAUAAUGAAAUACUCCGACUUGUAAUUAAUACUUAUUAUAACAUUUUUCCAGAAAUUACAAAAUAAAUUGAAUUUAUUGCAGAAUAAUGGUUUUUAAAAUUACGUAAGUUUUAGCGGUAUUAGAUCAGAAAAAAUAUAAUUAUUCCAUAAAAAAUAAAAACUACGUGUACACGUUUCGAAUUAAGAAAUCAUGCACAUAUUUGAAAUUAAUAAUACCGUAUUUGUGACAGCUUUAUUGAAUUCAAUAACAUUUACCUACAUCAGCUCUGAACAAUCGUAUUCAGACAAAAAAUUGUACACUUGACAAUCGACCGCGUCUCAUAACUGAUGUGUAUACAAGCGCUGUAGGUGCAUUCAAGGUGAAAAGUUGGCGCGUGUUUUUUGUAAUAAGUAUCUUUUAAUCAAAAUUUCAUACAAUGCAAGAUUGGAUUAAAGUUACUCUUGUACUGUGCUUAUUUGGUACUUUACGUGAAAUUCGACCAUCGGAGCCGUUUGUGUCGGAAUUUUUGCUUGGAGAAUGGAGAAACAUUACCGAAGACCAACUCAACCGCGAGGUGUAUCCCAUUGGAACUUAUUCAUAUUUGGGGCUAUUGGUAGUGGUCUUCUUAAUAACUGACUUCUUGAGAUUUAAGCCAGUUAUUAUAUUAUCCGGAUUAAGUGGUAUCGCUGUGUACGCUAUAUUGCUAUGGACAACAAGUUUAGAAUGGUUGCAAGCUUCUCAGUUUUUCUACGGCCUCUAUAUGGCUACAGAGGUGGCGUAUCUCACUUACAUCUACGCAAAGGUGGACUCCGCAAAAUAUCCGAUGGUGUCGUCGUACACAAGGAUCGCAGCGCUGACCGGCAGGUUCAUUUCCGGCUUGACAUCCCAACUUCUAACUCACUACGACGUUAUGGACUAUAGGGAACUGAACUACAUCACUUUUACAGCUCAGAUCCUGGCAACAUUUUGGGCGUUCUGGCUACCUCCCGUCCAGUACGGGAUAUACUUCCAUCGGAAGGUGUCCAUCGGCAAUCCACUACAGCAAAACUCGAAGGCGUUACAUGACAAACAGCCAACGCCUGAACCUAAGCGAUCUUUCCGAAACAACGUGGUAGAAGCAUCUACUCUGAUCAGUCGUCACGCCCGCGCUGCGUACACCCGGCCCAAAGUGCUUGCGUGGUCUGCUCUAUACGCUGCCGCGUUAGCACUGUUCGUACAAGCUCAAACGUACGUGCAACUACUUUGGAAGCAGAUUCAAGAAGAAAGUCAUGCACCGGUGGCAUACAACGGUGCAGUGGAAGCGGCGCAGACGCUGCUGGGCGCCGGCGGAGCACUGGCAGCAUCUAAAUGUGCGGGUGGAGUGGUUCCCGCGCCGGCCGCUGCCAUACAAGCGUUGGCCGUGCUAGCCGGCACUGCAGUACCCAACAUCUUCGUCUCCUACGCCGGCUACAUUGUCAUGGGCACUCUGUUCCAUUACACCAUAACACUGGCCAGCGCUAAAAUAGCUGGCCAAUUAAGUGACGAAAGUUGCUUCGGCUUGAUAUUUGGUAUCAACACGCUACUCGGCACCGGGUUCCAGGCGAUCCUCACCUUAGUACUCAUCCAGAGCCUCGUCCUCGAUAUAUCGACGCAGUACUUCGUCAUCAGCGGACUGUUUCUCGUUCUCGCCGCUGUCUGGAUGGUGGGCUGGACUAUAAACCAAUGCAAAAAGAGACAAAAUAUAGUAAUCAACAAUCAGUAUUAGAUCGUACCUUACCUGGUAAUUCAUACACAUACCAUUUCACAGUUAAGUGCUGUCGAUAUUGUAUACAUAACCUAUACCUUAUGUUGUAACUGUUCUUCAUUGUGUUAUAUAGAUACACUGGUAAUUUAUUUGUUUUUAUUCCUGAUAAAAUCAUAAUUUAAAGAAAAUCAAUAAAUUACCAGUAAAUCUAAAUGUACAGCCAGUAUAUCGUUUCUUAUCGCAUAAUAAUUAUAUGUAAAGCUGUAAGCGUCACUAUCAUUAUGUGUUAUGGUGUGUGUUGUAAGAAAUGUAUUGUAUUUUAUUCUAAGAAAAAUUAAAAAUUAUUACCGAUUAAAUCGUAAUAGCUGUAUGAACUAUUACGAUUUAAUCGGUAAUAGUUUUUAAAAGAACCAGUUUGAUAAGUACUACCGAUGUGCAAUAUGUAUAUUUAUACUGAAUACAGAAUAUUAAUUAUUCAGAUAUAAUCUGAAUAUAUAAAAUAGAUAUAUAUGUAUAAAUUUUGGGAAGGGGGUUUUAGAUUUGACUGAUACGGGCGUAAGUUACAACUUUAAAACAUUUGAAAACUGCGAGCAAUUUUUUUUUAUAAAGAUUAACACGACAAUGAUAUGACUUCAAUAUAAAGAAUAAAGAAAAAUAUUUGUCAUUACGACCCUAAUCUAUUCUUCUUAAUAAAGAUAUCUGGGACUCAGAUGUCCCCAUACACGCAGGUGGCUAUACAUUUAAGUUUCAUGACUGUGAACUAAAUUCACAGCUGUUAUAGUACUUAUUAUUUAUUUAAAAAUGGGUCCUUGUUACUUAAAUUGACAUUAUGCUUUAUUUUUUCUUUGUUCAUAUCUGCUAUUAGUUUUAUGUGAUGUAUACGAUUUGAUUUUUUAGAUCUAUUGGUGAUCUCUGGCGGUUUCAAUAAGAUAUUUUCAAUUUUAAGAGUAAUUUCGUAGCAUGGAUAGGGUUUAGGAGGAAGUAUCCCAUUGUUAUCGCAUAUGUACUUAUUCAUAACUGGAUUUGUUAAAUUAAAAUUAUCUAAAUUCCUUUUGAACGGAUUUUUAUAUUGUAUAAUAAAAUUCUGUUUCAAAUUUCACCUUUUUAGACUUAGUGAUUUUGGCUGUGUUGAUAGAUUUAAGAAUCCAUUCUGAAGCAAUGAUAAGACAUUAUUAAACUUACUAUAUACACUUAUUAUUACAUAAAACUAACUGGUAUAGCCCAUAGCCACUGUAGAAUGUUAUGAAAUUAUAGAAAUACUCUUUAAAAUACAUUGGGCAAAUACGGUACAUAAGGUCUAUGCCUUACCCGCGAGCAAUAACUUAAUAAAAUUUUAUCGCUAUUGAAUUUACUGCUUGUGGAAGCAUAUACAAUAACAGAAAGUAUUCAUUUUUAUAAUAGAUUAUUAUAUUAAAUGUGUUCUCUGCAAUUUAAAUUUGAUAGAAUCUCAAUGACUCAAAUAGUGCAUAGACAAACCUCAGGCCAUAAGUUAUGCUGCUAUUAUACGGCGACAUUUCUACGUCUCCAAAUUCUUCAGUAGUUCCCAAGUAAGGCUAAAGACCUGUGCACUUUUGAGCGGCAAAAAAUAAAUGUAUAUGCUGUAGUUUUUAUUCCACGAUAGUCGCAGAACUGACGCUAAAAUUAUGGCGAAAUGCAAUUGUCGUCGUAUUGAAACCAGUUAGAACAGUGAUUUGCUGCAUUUUAUGAGACUUUACCUAAAGAUCUCUGUGUGAACUUAAUAAAAAGAAGAAUGUAAUGCAUUCAUAGACUGAAAUUGUGAAUCUUCUUUACACAUUGCAUUUUAAUGUUGGUCAUUUUAAUGAUUUUAUGACCAUAUGUUAUAUCGUGUUUAAUUAAAUUUAGACAAUAUAUAAAUAUAUAGACAUAUGAACUGACAGACCGAUUCUGAAAAUUUUAUUAUAACCGCUUGUUUUAACAUUUGUUGUUUUGACAACUUCCUCCUAAAAAGAUAUUAUAAUAUAUAAAGAUAUAUAUUUAUACUUAUUCGACUAGAAGUCACCAAUAUUUAGUGCAUUUAUAGUGUAUAAUAGUAUAGUAUAGACAGCUUUUUAUUAUAUAAUUAUAUUUUAGAUUAUCUGUGGUACAUGAUAAUGUCAUGUAUAGUGAUAAUAAUCAUGGUGUUGACCUCAGUGGGAGAUCUGCAUUGAUUUUACUAAAUAGCGGACUCAGACUGUGGUUGUUCAUUAUAGACUUGUUAUCGCCACAUUCGUUCGUUUUCUAGUUAUUCCUAAUGCAAGAUAUACUAGCUUGAGGACUAUGCA